UCAGGAAGAAGCAGGUCUAACAUCGCGUCCACCGCUCAUGGCUCAGUGCCUUUAACGUUACGGGGCUGGUUCAAAUAAAAAAAUUCGCGACAUCACUUUGUGAAAGAAAUCACGCUUUCUAUGUAGCCAACAACCACCAGGACCAGCUGUCUAUCCCGGUUUGAGACCAGAAACCAUGGACUGGACGGUUAGCAGUCGGGCCCUGGUGUGGUUCAUUUUAGCGUUGCUUUACUGCGCUGGACUCCCACAAAAGGGGUUUUGCAGUGCCAGCACAGUUUCCCUUCCUGAAAGUCUGCUCUUUGUAUCUACUCUGGAUGGAAACCUGCACGCUGUUAGCAAGAAAUCAGGCUCUAUCAAAUGGACUCUCAAAGAAGAUCCAGUUCUUCAGGUCCCUACACACGUGGCAGAGCCAGCCUUUCUGCCAGACCCCAAUGAUGGCAGCCUGUAUUCACUGGGAGGAAAGAACAGCGAAGGCCUCACAAAAUUACCCUUCACUAUCCCUGAGUUGGUCCAAGCCUCCCCCUGUCGCAGUUCUGAUGGAAUUCUGUACAUGGGUAAGAAGCAGGACUUGUGGUAUGUGGUGGAUCUACUGACUGGUGAAAAACAGCAGACACUGACUUCCUCCUAUGCUGAGAUGCUGUGUCCCUCAUCAUCUCUGCUGUACCUGGGACGCACAGAGUACACAAUCACCAUGUAUGAUACCAAAAGCAGAGAGCUACGCUGGAAUGCCACCUAUUCUGAUUACGCCUCAACUCUUCCUGAUGAUGACACCAAAUACAAGAUGUCUCAUUUUGUAUCAAACGGUGACGGCCUUGUGGUGACUGUGGACAGUGACUCCGGAGAUGUUCAGUGGGUUCAGAAUUACAACUCACCAGUGGUGGCCAUGUACAUCUGGCAGCGGGAGGGCCUUCGGAAAGUCCCUCAUACUAACGUGGCUGUGGAAACUCUGCGUUAUCUCACAUUCAUGUCAGGGGAGGUUGGUCGCAUCACCCGAUGGAAGUACCCAUUUCCGAAAGAGCAGAAGCCCAAGAACAAGUUCAUGGCCACAUUGUAUGUGGGUAAAUACUCCACCAGUCUGUAUGCCUCUCCCUCACUCGUGCAUGAUGGCGUCACUGUGGUGCCUCGUGGCAGCACCUUUCCCAUGCUGGAAGGUCCUGACAGCCAGGAAACUGAAGAGGAUAAGGAAUGUGUCAUCACACCUAGUACCAGUGUCAAGUUCAAUGCCGCACUCCGGGAGCGAAAUCGUAUCAACUUCAUGAGAAACUACUUGCUCCUCAUAGGUCACCAUGAGACCCCUCCUGAAGCUCACAACAAGAUCCUCGAAAAGUUCCCUGACAGCUUCCCUCGCAAUCAAGGGAACGUUAUCCCACCCACAACUGACAAGAAAGUAGAGGAGAAGGUGAAUGAUAGUGGGAUGGAUGAUGGUCCGCCCACACCUCUGCCUGAAACAUCAAUCCAGGAACCUGGGGCCAGUGGACGCCCUACGCGACCAGAAGCUCCUGUAGACUCUAUGCUCAAAGACAUGGCCACGAUCAUCUUCUCCACCUUCCUCUUGGCUGGCUGGGUGGCAUUUGUCAUCACCUACCCCAAGAGUGUACACCGACAGCAGCAACUUCAGCACCAGGAGUUUCAGAGACAGAUGGAGGAGAGGCUGGAGCUACUCCAGAGGCAGCAGCCCUUUCCUCCUGCAGACGUGGGCCUGGGUUUGGCCCCAGACAACGACUACCUGGAGGUGGCUCAUAUUCGCUCUGAAUGCUCAGACCACAGCAGCCCUAACGUAACCCCCCGCGCCUCCAACCACUCCAAUCUGUCUGUGUCUGAGCUGGGAAGCUCUGCCAAUGAGCAUGAAGAUGGAGAGGAGGACUCCAACAUUGUCAGAGUGGGCAAUAUAACGUUCCAUCCUAAAGAGGUCUUGGGUCAUGGAGCCGAGGGAACCAUCGUGUACAAGGGUCAGUUUGACAACCGUCCUGUAGCGGUGAAGAGAAUUCUCCCAGAGUGCUUCAGUUUUGCUGACCGAGAAGUUCAGCUGCUGCGGGAGUCAGACGAGCAUCCAAAUGUCAUCCGGUACUUUUGCACUGAGAGGGACCGACAGUUCCAGUACAUCGCCAUUGAGCUGUGUGCUGCUUCACUACAAGAGUAUGUGGAGAGGAAAGACUUUAACCGUCAUGGACUAGAGCCGGUUGUGCUGCUUCAACAGGCCAUGUCAGGACUCGCCCAUCUGCAUUCCCUCAACAUAGUUCACAGAGACCUGAAACCACACAACAUCCUGGUGUCCAUGCCCAAUGCCCAUGGUCGGGUGAGGGCCAUGAUUUCAGACUUUGGCUUGUGUAAGAAGUUAGCAGUGGGUCGACACAGUUUCAGUAGAAGGUCUGGGGUCCCAGGUACUGAGGGCUGGAUCGCACCUGAGGUUCUCAGUGAGGACUGCAAAGAUAAUCCAACCUGCGCUGUUGAUAUUUUUUCCGCUGGCUGUGUGUUCUACUACGUGGUGUCCCAGGGUUGCCACCCAUUCGGCAAGUCUCUGCAAAGGCAAGCAAACAUCCUCCUGGGUGCAUACAGCCUGGAGCAUCUGCAAACAGACAAACACGACGACAUUGUGGCCAGAGAUUUAAUUGAGCAAAUGUUGAGCAUGGAACCACAUAAGAGGCCUUCAGCUGAAUGUGUUCUUAAACACCCUUUCUUCUGGAGCUUGGAGAAGGAGCUACAGUUCUUUCAGGAUGUCAGUGACAGAAUCGAAAAGGAACCGCUGGACGGACCAAUCGUGAGACAACUGGAAAGAGGGGGAAGGGCUGUUGUCAAGGGUGACUGGAGAGAACACAUCACAGUACCACUGCAGACAGAUCUACGGAAAUUCCGCUCCUAUAAAGGUGGGUCAGUUCGAGACCUGCUGCGUGCAAUGAGAAACAAGAAACACCAUUACAGAGAGUUGCCUGCUGAGGUCCAGGAGACUCUAGGCUCCAUCCCUGAUGACUUUGUGUCUUACUUCACAUCCCGCUUCCCUCACCUCCUCAUGCACACCUACCUGGCCAUGCGGACCUGUGCGCCUGAGAGGCCUUUCCUGCCUUACUAUUCCACUUCAUCGCAGCUUACAAAAACACAGGCCCAGCUCACACACUGUGGGUCACAAAGACAGGAUGAACCAUGCACACAACACCCAACAAACACAUCACCACAACCUGGACAGUCAUCACAAGAGGUGCAGGUCUCCACAGCACCUGCUGAAGUGUUACUCCCUUCAUCACCUGAUUUUCCAGUUCAGACAAUAAAGCCAGAAGACUUGCACAGUCAGACUAAUGUCUCAGAAUCAUCUGCAGUUCCUGUCGGGCAAAAAGAAUCCAGUCACUCACUGUCAGAUGCUCCUGCACUGGACAAUGAUCCAGUCUGAACCAGACCACAGUUAGUGGACCCAGCACAGACGGGGGGGCAUUGCCUUAAAGCAUGGACACCAAAGGGACAGUUGCAGUGCUGGUGAGGACCAGGCCUGCAGUGCCUGAGAUCCACCAAAGGCAUGGCAGCUGCACCCUGAACCAAGUGCCUUCUGCUCUUCUGGUAAACAUUUCCCUGCAGAACCGUCCAGGUCUGUUUCUGCCUUGAAAAGUCACAUAACCAACAAGAUUUUGUUGGACAUUAUAUUGUAGCUGGACUGUGAAAAGUGAAUAUUUUAUUUUAUUUUAUAAUGUCCAAACAUAGUGUUUAUCCCAAAAAUGCCUGGCCUUUAUUGAGGGAAACAUGUGGAUGUUGAUGUUUUUUGGGGGGGGUUGGUUUUAUUGUGCAAUGUUGUAUUUCUUGGUGAACUUGUUCACUGCACAGAUACUGUAUGUAUAUUUUUGUAUAGACCAAUUCAAAAUUUGGAUCAUUGAUGAUAAAUGAUUAAAUGUGGCCACGGUGCCUUUUUUUUUUUUUUUUUUUUAAGAUAUCACUAUGCUGUGUGGGUACAGAUCGUUUAAAUUGACUAUGCUAAAUGUGCUUGAUUCCAGUUAAUGCUGCUAGACUGCUUCUCUUUUGUCAAUCAAGUGACUCGAUAAGAGUGGACUGUUCCAAAGAUUGUUCACGUUGGCAUCUGAAUAUAGUAGGUAAUUGAUUCCUCAUGAUUAUGUUGUCAAAUAAGAGAUGAGGUCAUGAUGCAAAAUGCUUCUGUGUAACUUUUAAAGGGUGUCAAAGUUAAUGAAGUUAAUGACUUGCACAUUAAAUUCUAAUAUUUUUAUACUUGA